AUGAUGCGGAUAAAGAACUUUUAUUAUAAUGGAAAUGUUAAAGGUAAAAAACAUAACAUUGUUGAUAAUCUUUUGGAUUUCAUUUCAUUAGAUGUUUUAACGCAUAAUAUAGAUCAAGCUUGCCUUGGAGAUCCUUUUGGUGACCCGGAAAAAUGGAAAAAAGAGAAAGAUUUGCAUGAUUACUUUGAAAAUUUUAAAAAAAUCAGGUGUAAUGAUUCCGAUAUAGUUCUGUGCCAAAAAUAUGUAAAUUAUGUUAGAUAUAUUGAUCCUUUAUAUCAAAAUAACAUUUAUAAUUGCUGUGACGAAGACGAAAUAUUCAGUUUUACAUGUAAUCCUUCUAUUAAAUGUGAUGAUGAGUACGAACCACAAAAAUUAUUAUUUGAAAUAAACAAAAGUCUUGAAUCAUUGAGUAAAAAAGGAAAAGAAACAUUUAAAGAAGAAACCGCAUUGCAACAGGACGUACAUUUGAGCUUUUCAUCAGGAGAAGACAUUGAACAUAAUAAAAUUGAUAUAACACCUUACAAUACAGAGAUUAGAAGUAGCACAAAAAUUAUGUCUAUCACUGAUGUUCCUAGCAGUACAGAAAUAAUAUAUGAUAGCUCGAAUUCGAAUGUAUUCCAUUUUGCCAUCAUAAGUGCUUCAGUGAUUGGAACAAUGCUCUUCUUUUUAUAUUACCACAUGUCUACUAAAUUAGGAUCAAGAUCUCACAAAAAGAAACUGGAAAAAAAAAAAAAUGAGAAUAAUUAUCGUAAGGAAUUUGGUGAGGAAUCAUCGACUUAUGAUUUAGAUUCCAUGCGUUUAGACGCACAAGAAAGGAGAUUAUAUUUAAUUUAUAAUUCCGUAUAA